GCCAGAGGAGCAACGAAUGCUCUUUAUUGGCGAGCGCGGGCUGCUAGUUGCGGCAACAAAUACUUUAUAAUCAUUCUGCACAUCUUUCACAAGUGUUACAUGUUAAGCUUACCUAGCAGCACCAACGGACAGAUGUCAAUGUUUUCUUACCUUCAUUAUAACAACGGUGAAAGCGUGUGGGAAGUAUGACUGUUUCUUGUGGUCGAAAACUGACUGACACGUUUCUGUCAGCUAUGCCAAAGAAACUAAAAAGACCGAGUGAGCCUGGCACGAGAUGACAAUGAUACGUACAGUGUUAGUAAUACUUCCCGUACAAUAGGGACCUGAUGAAAAGGGAUCUUUUACCUGUCUGUGUACCCAAGUGACACACAUUUGCUUGACACAACGGACUUAUAAUUGCGUAGCUUACGUGUUUUUAGUGUUCUUUUUUGCGGUGUUGCAAUGCUGAUUUAAAUAAAUAAAUGUUGGUUACUGUGACUUGAAUGGGUUGUGCAUCAACGUAGUAUUUCGUGUACUAUGCAGCGCCAACAAAUGAUCGAGGAAAUAGAAGAAGAAGGUCCCAGCCGGUGUAGUACUAUUCUGUACUACACCUGGAAAGUCUGCACAUGUUUGUUUUCACAUGUGCUCCUCGUGUCUAUGGUUGUUACCUACUGUAUCCUCGGUGCCUUUACGUUCCGUCAUCUUGAAGCCGACAACGAACUGGAGGUGAAGCGCAACAUCAGCCGCAUCCGCAGCAACGUGACGGCGGACCUGUGGCGGCUGACGGACGGCCCGCCGGUGCUGCACCAGGAGAACUGGACCAGGGCGGUGGUGAAGCGGCUGCAGGUGUUCGAGCACGAGCUGGUGCGCUGCGUCAAGCGCGACGGCUGGGACGGCACCGAGGAUGAGAAGGCCGUCCAGUGGACGCUCAUCGGCGCCCUCUUCUACUCCAUCAUCGUCAUCACCACCAUCGGCUACGGGCACAUCGCGCCCAAGACGCACUGGGGGAAGGUGGUGACCAUCUUCUACGCGAUCCUGGGCAUCCCGCUGAUGCUGUUGUGCCUGUCCAACAUCGGCGACAUCAUGGCGCACUCGUUCCGCUUCCUGUACUGGCGCGUCUGCUGCUACGCGUGCACGCGCCGGCCGCGCGCCGCCCGCAUGCUGCUGCCGGCGCCUCCGGGCCACCAGUUCCGGCGCGCCAGGAGCAUGAGGACUACUACGCGAUCCCUUCAGUCGUCGAGCCGGUUCUCAGGGCGCUCCCGCACCGCGUCCUUCCGGCGGUCGGCCCGCGCCUCCCAGAGGUCAGCGGACAGCGCCCUAGGGCUCUCCAGGUCCUCCUACUCUGACACCGACUGCAGAUACUAUGACGACACGGAGCGUGAAGCGCCUCUCACACCGCUGCGGCCAGCCUCGCAGCCCAACCACAACCCCGUCCAGCGGCUUCCAGACCCUCCCGUCGUGGCUGGCGCGACGGACCUUCCGGGUGGCGUGGGCGCGGCCGACGCGGCGGCUGCGUCCCGGACGCCGGUGCUGUUCAACAAGUACGCGCUGGACCGCGAGGAGAGCACCCGGCGCGAGCGGCCGGCGCUGCUCCCGACGCCGCCGCCCAUGCCGCCCUCUCCCGUCGGAUCCACCGCCACCAGGGAGUCGUCCGGCCGCAGUCGCGGGAUGUCUUCGAUGCGGUCGGGACACGUGAGCCCUUCACGGCCGCGCGUCAUGACGCCCAUGGGCUUCGCCAUCAGCCGCCAGGGGUCUCGCAUGUCGCGCCUGCGGGAGCCGGAAGUCUUCGACGACGAGCUGUACGAGUACGAGCUGUACACCGGCGGAGACUCUCUGUACGGCAGCCAGCAGCACCCAGGUACGCGCCCUGUGCCCAUCUGGCUGUGCAUGUUCCUGGUGGUGACGUACAUCUUCUGCGGCGCCUACCUGUUCCACCAGUGGGAAGGCUGGCAGUUCCUCGACUCGGCCUACUUCUGCUUCAUCACGCUCACCACCAUUGGCUUCGGGGACUUCGUGCCCGCUCGGCGCAUGCGCCAGGACGAGAACGCCGAGAUUGGGAUUGCACUGUGCUCCCUGUACCUGCUGUUCGGCAUCGCACUGCUCGCCAUGAGCUUCAACCUCGUCCAGGAGGAGGUCAUUGGCAACGUCAAAGCCGUUGCUCGUCGCCUCGGCAUCAUCAAAGAUGAUGAUGAGGAUGACGACUGAAUUGACUUAUUGUCACACA